UUUGGCGGCAGUCAUUGAAACUUUACGCUGACAUAAAACCGAAACAGAUUGUCUCCCCAUCCACAGCUACAUAAGCUGAUAUUUGUCACCGGUCUUGAUCAAGUCGGACAAGAAUAUAGGUUACCUAGGAAGGUAGCUGCCAUAACUUCAUAUCUGGAUUUGUUCAUAUCGUGAAGUCGAGGAGAUCCAUAUACCAUGUCUGCAACUGAAAAAGGAAAUGAGACUGCGCAAGGAGACUGUGUGGACACCCAGCUGGAUUCUGGCCUCAUGGCAGAGGGGCCCUCCCCCUCCUCACAUGUAGCACCAUCACAGGUGACUGGUGACUCUGAUCCUGACAAGUACAGAUACAACAUGACUGACAAGUACACCAGCAUUGGCCAGUGUGUCAUCAUCAACAACGAAAACUUUCAUGGACAGAAAACUCGCCAUGGCAUAGAUGUAGAUGCUGACCGAGUGGAGAAAACGUUCAGAGGGCUGGGUUAUGACGUUAAGAUUUUCAAAGACCUGAAAGUAGCGAAGAUGGUGAAGGAGCUGACUAAAGUCUCUAAGGAGGAUCACAGCAAGAUGGCUUCCUUUGUGUGCGUGAUCCUGAGUCACGGGGAGGAGAGCGGGAUAAUCUAUGGGACUGAUCGUGAGGUGGAGCUCAGCAAACUGACCAGCCUCUUCAGAGGAGACCACUGUGCUACCCUGGUGGGCAAACCCAAACUGUUCUUCAUCCAGGCAUGUCGUAGUGAAGAAGAUGAUGACGGAAUGGUAGGAAUGAGCCUUGGAGAUACCGAAGCUAUCGAAGCUGAGGAAUCAACCCCCAGGAUCCCUGUAGAGGCGGACUUCCUGUAUGGCUACUCCACUGCUCCAGGGUAUGUUGCCAUGAGGGACAAACAAGAUGACACCUGGUUCAUUAAGUCCCUGUGUUCCAUUCUGGAUGAGUUUGGGAAACAGCUGGAACUAAUGCAGCUCAUGACCCGUGUUAACAACAUGGUGGCACUGAGCUUUCAGUCGACCACAAAGCAGAUGCCGUGCAUUGUGUCUAUGCUGACCAAAGAGCUGUACUUCCCUAAAUAAUGCUCUCUUAAUAGAUACUGUAAAACAAGUCUGUGAUUCUUUAUUAUGUAAUGUAAGAUCUAUAAGGAGGCAUGUAUUUGGGUUUACUUGUGUUUUAAUUAUUGGUUUAUUAAUUAUGUGUUUGUAGCGAUCUCGGAUUCUCUAGAAUCAUCCAAUAAUACUUCCAGGAGAGACAGCAAUACAAAUACAUUCAGAAAAUAUAUAGAUUUUAACUUAGUGCCUUUAGCAGCUUGCUAAGAGACUUUCAGCUUUUAUAUAAUGUAGAUUAAAGCUAUAUGCUGUGGUGUCAUUAUUUUGGUUGUUUACACUUGUCUACACUUCAUCUGACAAUGUAGGGGAAACACAAGAGCAUUCACGUAGCGUAGCUGAAAGCCUGUGCUGGAUUAUGAAUAGUGCUGUGAUAUGAAAAUAUUUGACCCUCACAGGAGUACAGACCUGCCAUCAUACUUGCUGUCAAUGUCAACUGCUGUUGCAAAUAUCCUCACAAAGUGCAAAUUGGCAAUAAAGAUACUUAUGGAGAAAA